AUGCCCGCGUCGCUGGAUACUCUCCCAACGGAGAUUCUCCUCGAGAUCACUCACCACCUCCCGCAGUCGCUGCGCUAUGCGUCGUUCUUCUCCCCUAUGCUGCGCUACGAGCAUACCGCACCAGCACGCAAGUUGCGCACGCAGACACUGUGUGCUUUGCGGCUCACGUGCAUGCGACUGGCUGGGGCGCUGUUUGGGGCGCUCUACGAGAGUCUGGAUGUGUCGAGCCUAGACUUUGAGCGGGUGGAGGAGGCGAUAGAGGAUGAAGAUGAAGUGGUCGAACGGGUUUUGCCAGCCGUCAAGUCUGUCCACGUCUCUAUGCGCACGUGGAUGGCAAAUACUGCCUCUGAGCACGUCGUCUCGCCCUUCUCCACCGCGCCAAUCAUCGCCUUCCUCACAUUCCUGCACUCGCUCCCUUCCCUCACCCGUCUUGAGCUCGGCGACAUCCCGCUCGCUUUCUUCCCCGUCUUCACGUACGCCUUCGCCGUCCCUGACCGCGCACUCCCGAACGUCACUGCCCUUUGCGUGACAGACAGUCUCCUCCACGCGCCAGGUCUGCCCACCGCCUUUCCGAAUGCGAAAAUACUUGCGAGCCCCACGAUGUGGGCCCGCGAACGAAGCCAUGUCGGGCUCGGCUGGGUGCAGACGGUGAAGGAAAUGAAAGGGUUGACGGCGCUGGCGGGGUUCAGGCUCGGCGAAGAAGCUGUCGAGGUUCUGGUAACUUCUGUACCAUCCCUUACCCGCCUCGCCAUUUCCGGCGGCGUCCGCCGAUAUAUGAAGCCUUUUCUUCUUGCGCUCCGGGCACUUCCCCUGACCCACCUCUCCCUCGUUUACGAGUCGCCCGAUCCUGCGCAGGACCCGCCCGCGCUUGCGCCGAUGCCCGGGUCGGCGGGUGUCCCGCCUGGCGCGACGGAGGAGGACAUAGUGUUUGUCAGCAUGGAGGAGCUCGUGGCGCUUGGGACGGAGGUGCUGCUUGGCCAUAAUGUGACCGCGGGCGGGAAGGAAAAGGUGCUCGAGGUAUGGAGUUAUGACUUGUUGAGAGGAUUUGAGGCGCAUGUGGAGCACGGGCCGCGUGUCGUUAGGGUCGGCGCAGGGAUGUAG